AUGAACCAUAAAAAUAGGAUAAAUUAUACAUUUUCAACAAGGAGCAAUACUUCAAGAAGAACAAUUUCAGCAACUCGUACUCACGAUUUGUCGAAAUCAAGCAGAUUAGAAAUCAAAAAGCGACCUUCAAUUUAUAGCUCGCUACAAGUUCAAUAUUUAUUAUAGAGAAAAUUUAUUUAGGGGCAUUUUUUUAAGCCCUAAUUUCCCAAAUUAAAGACUUCUUAAAAAAUCUUGUUUGCUUUUAUGAUAGCAUCAUCAAAAUUAGUGACGUCAUUAUCUAUGGAAAGAUCCAUAUUACUUCUUAAUCAAAAUCUAGCAACCGCAGGCUCUAUACAAAGAGUUAAUCAGCUGGAGAAGAUUUAUGGCCCAGCUCUCCUAGCAUCCUUUACUUCGUGAAACCACGCUUAAUUUUUUGCUGCUAGUCUCAAAGACCUAGUGAAAGCCCAAUUAUUCUGGAAAAAAUUCACUCCGGACAUCCACCCAGGUAUGUGCCCUUGACCAUUAGGCCAGCAGCACAGGGUGUGAGUUGACAUUAUAUCCACAAUUUACCAUUCAAAAAAAUAUUUAUUAGAAGAACUCGAAACUCUCUGAGUCAAAUAUGACAUCCCAAAUCAGCAUCAAAUGGUUUUCAAAUCUUUAAUAGCAGUUUCACCUACGUAUUCCGCAAUAAUAAUUGCGAAAGAAAUUAGUAUGCUUGAAGAAAACCAGUCGCCUAUUCUUACUCCCCCCCCCCCCCCUCCGUGAGCGAACAAAAAAAUUUUGUUCGCUCACGGAGGGGGGUUUAAUUUUUUUUUAAAAAAAAUUUUUAUAUAUAAAUUUUAUAAAAAAUAUUUUUUUCGAAAUUUAAAAAAAUCCUAAUUUGCAAAAAUUGGGAAGCAAAUAUUAAUUUAAUUUGCAAAAUUUAUGUUUUAAAACGCAAUUUGUUUAAAAUUAAACAGAAUUAGCUCUAGAUUUCAUUAUACUAAUUAUCACUUAUAUAUCAAAAUUUUUUUCCAUUAAAAUUUUUUCUAUUAAAAAAAUUUUUGUUCACUCACGGAGGGUGGGUUUUUGGUCAAAAAAUGGCGAUUUUCUAAUGGUUUUGUUCGCUCACGGAGGGGGGGGGGGGGGGAGUUAAUAUUUUAAGAACUAUACAAGAAAGAGAAUUAACUCUUUCCAAAAUACAGCUUCUAGCAAAAAAGUUUCGCAAAAAGAAAUGUAAAGAUUUAGAAAUGAUUGGGCUUGAGCUUGCAAAUUUGAUAGAGAAAAUGAGAGAUAAAACAAUCGAAGUGAUCGAAAGAGUCCAGAUUUGGAAAAAACUGUAUGAGUGCCAUGAUAUUGAAUUUGUGUGGAAAGGUAUAAACUACUAUGAAAAAUUAAAAUCAGAUUUAGACUUUUUAGUUGCAACACCUCUGGCAAAUAUUUUUCCAUUUACACAUAGAGAUCCAUUCUUAUUAAACGUAAUCCGAAGUUACCAUUGGCUUUCUAAGAAAUGCAAUAUGAGACUUGGAUUAACUUACUUACUUACUUACUUACUUAAUAUUUAAUAUACUGAUCAGAGCAAUCAAGCUAACCCUAAGACGCCAUCAGAAAGUCUCAGCUACUUAAGAACUUGCUGUACGGUUCCCAUCCUCAUUGUUCCUCCUCUUCGGUUGUGCGGCGGCACAUGGACAGCCCGUGGUGUUAGAAUGCGUAGGCUUGGGACUUGUUCGCCACACGCUCCAUCUCAGCCUUCACCGAUUCUGUUCCAGCCUCUUUGUCUUGAGCCUCUGCACGACACCGGAAAAACUCACCUGCAGUGAAACUUGGAUUAACAAACUUACAAAAAAAGCAAGUCAAAAUAUCUCUUAAAUUUUUGGACAUCGAGGAUUUUUCUGAUACUUUAAAUCAAGAAUUCAACACUUUGCGAAAACUAAAAUGGCAGUUAGGGGUAGGACCACAGUCCUACAACCGUGCUCAGUAAGAGAAGUUCUCGACAUCCUUGAGAGUCUCAGCUUGAAGAGAAGCAUUUUAUGCUGAGGCUGGUGUAGAAAGAGAGGUCCUAAGAGACUUGGGGACAGAAACAUGUCAACGUUUAGACUUGUUUCAUCUACCGUUAAUAAGGGCUGUUAGUCCAAAUUAAGGCACUCAGAACUGAACUUAUAGUAGCCUAUUAAACUUAAACUUUGCGAAGCGCAAUUGAAAUUCCUGAUGUUGCAUUCGAUCGUUUAUUCACUCCUAAAAAUAAAAAUAUAGUUAAACGCAACCUAAAAGAAGCAGUUAAGGCAGUCUGUGAGGAUUUUAUUAAUGGAAUUGUAGAUAAGGACUGCCUAGAUAUUUGUAAUGAAAAUCUUCAAGAAAAAUCAAGAAUUAUCAAUGAUAUUUGUGCUGAAAUAAUCUUUGAUUCUAUGAUAGAGAGCAUAUCUGAGCAAGCAUCAAUUGCUGUUAGUAAGAGGAUUCUCAGAGUAAACCAAGAUUUAAUUGUAGUUAACGAGCUAUCUGAUUCAAUAGUAGACAAACUUACAGAUUUUGAGUGCAAAAACUUGUGUUAUGAAUUUCUUAAUGAGUUUUUGUUAGAUGAGCUCUGCUAUGAUCUCAUUCCAUAUUCAGAGCUUAAACCGAUAGUAUCAUUGUGCAUCAAAGAGAUGGAUAAAGAAGAUGCAAUAUUAAGCAGCGAAGUUUGUACACAAUUAAUUGAAGACUUUCUUGCUCCUUCCGUGCCUGAACAAGGUUUUUCUUGCGAUUUAAAAGGCGGUUAACUUCUAAAAUAGAAGGCAAAAGAAAUUUAUGCUUUAAAUACUCUAUUAAAAAAUAAUAAUAAUAAUAAUAGAAUUAGCUAGAGAUUUUCAUGAUAAUAAUUACCACUUAUAUAUCAAAAUAUUUGAUAAAGCAUUGUUAUAUUACAAAAUUUUUCCUUGCUCGAAAUUUAUUGUGCUUAUUCUAUGAUUUUUCCACUCGUUUCGCUCCUCACUGAAGGGUCUGAGUUAGCAGUGAAUGAAUUGAGACUUUAGUAGAAGCAGAGAAGCUAUCAAACCAUAUUGAAGGGGUUAUGGAUUCAUUGCCUAUUAAACUUCAAAAACAAGUGUGAAAGGAAGAAAGAUCAAAAAUUUACGAGCAGGUAAUAGAAAAAAUCUAUUUUGAUAUUUUAAAUAUAUUUGUUGGAGGAUUUUGAUUAGAAAGAUUAGCUACUGCAUCUCUUCUCGAAGUCCAGGGAAUGAGAGAGCUCCCCAUGGAUAAUAUCUUUGUUUUGCAUGACCCCAAAGACUAUAGAAGCAGUUUGUUAAGGAGGCCUUGGGCUCGAAGAAAAUCAGUGUACGAUAAAUAA